CUGGCAAGAAAGGCUGUAGCAGGGAGCGAGAAGGUGGAGCUAAGAGUGAUCAAGAGUAAUCUGAGAGAGCCUCCAGCUAACUAGGCUUCAAGUGAUACCUGCUCUGUGGAUGGAUUAACCAGAUUCUGGCUGCUGUUGUCCUGUGCUGCAAGUAGCUUUCAACAUUCCCCCAAAACUCUCCUGCCCAGAUUAGGCACAUGGAGCUGACGGAGACCCACUGUGAUCCCUCAGGAGUGCACAAUUUGGCCUUCCAGAAUGACAGUGAAAGUGUGGAUGCUACAAACCUGAAAGGCCUCGGAGACAGUUCACAGAAAAUCAAGAAUUCACAAAAUAAGAGAACAGGACACACUAAUCAGCAACUAUCUGAGGGCUUUCCAGGACUUCCGGCAGCCCCUGCAGCAGGAAAUCCAGACAGAAUGCAGGGGCCAGGGCAAGGUCUGUGGUGGGCCUUGCUUUCCACAGCAGAUUGGGGGAUGGAAUUAGAAACAACAGUGACAGAAAAAGAAAAGGGGGAUGAAUACAUCAAUAUUGAGAGUGAUCUGCUUGAAAACAAAUGUGCCUCAGUAGAUGAUGAGCAACCACGCUUGAAAGGGCAAUUAGAAAAGAACUAUGAUAAAAUCUGUGACUUUUACAAGAAACAUAAAAUCAGAAUUUGCUAUGUGAUCUGUGGAAUUUUAAUGACAGCAUACUUGGCAAUACUUAUUGCAGCCUGCAGCUUGAAAUUUCAGAGAGCCUUGCCACUCUUUAUCAUCACUGUUGUGGCUACAUUCUUCAUCUGCUGGGAUUUUUUAAUAGCUAAGUAUGAAGACAAAAUUACUGUACUCUUUUCCCCUGGAGAAAGAUAUCUGAAAAAACAGUGGUUUUGGCUGAAAUGGGUGUUGCGUGCAGCUCUUAUUAUAACUGUCAUCUGCUGGCUCAUCUUUGACACAAUGGAACAGGGAUCCCGCCAGCUAAUCUCCUUUGGUGGGCUUGUGAUGUAUGUUCUCCUGAUGCUUAUCUUUUCCAAAUAUCCAACCAGAGUUGCUUGGAGACCAGUACUUUCAGGAAUAGGAAUGCAGUUUAUUCUUGGGCUUCUUAUUCUGAGGACCAAAGUGGGUUUUGAUGUAUUUAACUGGCUAGGCAUUCAGAUCCAGACUUUUCUGGAGUACUCUGACGUAGGUGCCAAGUUUGUGUUUGGUGAAAAAUAUAAGGAUCAUUUCUUCGCUUUUAAGGUACUGCCCAUUGUGGUUUUCUUCAGCACAGUAAUGUCUAUUCUUUACCACAUUGGAUUCAUGCAGUGGCUCAUUGGAAAGGUUGGUUGGAUUAUGCACGUUUUCAUGGGGACAACGCCUGUUGAGUCUCUGGUAGCUGCGGGUAACAUAUUUGUGGGACAGACAGAGUCUCCUCUCCUAGUGCGGCCCUACUUACCAUACAUCACCAAAUCUGAACUCCACGCAGUCAUGACAGCAGGAUUCUCAACUAUUGCUGGAAGCGUCUUAGGAGCAUAUAUUUCUUUUGGGGUUUCCUCCUCCCACCUACUGACUGCUUCUGUCAUGUCAGCACCAGCAUCAUUAGCCGCCUCCAAACUAUUCUGGCCUGAAAUUGAAAAGCCUCUGAUAACUCUGAGAAGUGGCCUAGAAAUGGCAAAAGGUGACUCAAAGAAUCUGCUGGAAGCAGCCAGUCAGGGUGCCUCUACCUCCAUCACACUGGUAGCAAACAUCGCCGUGAAUCUGAUCUCCUUCCUUGCCUUGCUGACAUUUCUUGACUCAAUCCUUUCUUGGCUGGGCAGCUUGUUUGACUAUCCACAGCUGAACUUUGAGAACAUUUGUGCUUAUGUCUUCAUGCCAUUCUCUUUCAUGAUGGGAGUAGACUGGGAAGACAGUUUUAUUGUCGGUGGCCUACUAGGUUACAAAACUUUCUUCAAUGAAUUUUUGGCUUAUGAGCGUCUUUCAAAACUGAUUCACAACCGAGAAAAGGGUGGAAGCAUGUACAUUAAUGGAGUGAAACAGUAUAUGACAGUUCGCUCUGAAGUCAUUGCCACCUAUGCUCUUUGUGGGUUUGCCAACUUCGGCUCGCUGGGACUGGUAAUAGGAGGCCUGACGAGUAUUGCUCCCUCAAAAAAGAAGGAAAUAGUUGAUGGUGCUUUCAGAGCAAUGAUUGCGGGAACUGUCGCCUGUUUCAUGACAGCCUGUGUUGCAGGAAUGCUGACUGUCUCCAGUCUGGAAGUUCCUUGCCACAUCUUAUUAGGAAAUGCCUCCAACCUCACAGAUUUCCCUGCCAAGAGCAUAAAGCUAGUGGAAUGUUGCCACCGUCUCUUCACUAGUGCAGAUCAUUCGGAGAAGAUCUUUCCUGAGGGAAACUACAGUUUGAGUUCCUGGAAAGUAUGUUGCCAGAUACUGGGUCAACCUGCUUCUAAAUGUACUUAGAUUAAGUUCCAAUUUUUCGUGGGGGAUAGAUUACAAAUAAGAGUUGUGUUCCUUAGAAGAAAGGAAAUAAAAAAUUUCCUUUGUAACAAUAACUGUGAAUUUCCCCCAUGUGAUCUUUAUUUUCCAUCUCUUACCAGCCCAGUUCCUCUGACUUGCUUGGUAUUACUCAUGAACUAAAUUGGGAUAAAUGCAAGACAUCUCUUGCUGCAGAUCUCUUCUUCUUACAAAUUAGAAUAGAAGAACAUUUCUAAGCCUGAUUCUCCUGAUUUCAUUUCUAUCCUGAAACUGAUCAAUCUAUCAGGUUGAACUACUGUAGGCAUGAAGAAAAUCAGAUUCAGAGGAUUUGGUAGCCACUUACAGAAAGCUGUGAACUAGAAAUAAUAUUCAGAACUGCCAUCCAUUCUAAUAGUAUUUCUGC